GCCAGACCUCCUGACUUCCCCCUAAAACAUAAAAAGACAUAAAAUCCCCGAGGCAGAAUUCAUCCACUCCUGCGGCUCUCGUGCGGUCAUGGCUACGGAUUCACUGAUGCUUUUCUUUACUCUGACGUCUGCAGUGUGUCUGUGGAGGAACACACCUGUCCUCUCUCUCUCCGUCCCAGAGAAGGUGUCUGCUCUGGAAGGGUCGUGUGUGGUCAUUCCCUGCUCCUUCAGCCCCGUGUCCAGCACACAGAUAAUGGAAGUUCUGGUCAAGAGAUCUUCUUCUGUCUUCAUUCUGAAGAAAACGGUCUUCUCCAGCCACCGCAGUGACGUCAUUCAUCCCGACUACAGAAACCGUGUGUCUCUCGCAGGAAACAUCAGCUCAGGAGACUGUUCCAUCAUCAUCGGCAGAAUCAGAAAGGAAGAUCAGAACACGUAUGACCUCCAGCUGAGGGAACCAGGUCAAAGGUCACCGACUGCAGAAACAAAAAUCAACGUCAGCGUAAUGAGUACACCGGAUCCGCCCAAGCUCACUGACCCAGGACCAGUGAAAGAAGGCCAGCGGGUGACAUUGAACUGCUCUGUCCGGCUGAGCUGUCCGUCCGAGCGGCCCGGUCUGGUGUGGAUGUGGGAGCGUGGAGAACAUGACGGCAGCAUUGUGCAUGGAGACACUGAGCUUCAGCAUAAGCCGGGUCAGUUCCUGCUUCUGCAGUCCAGCCUGACCUUCACUGUACCUCAACACACAAACCCACGAGUGAGAUGUCAAGCCAACUACACCAAGAACCGGAGAUCUUCGGCCGUCAGAGAGAUUCUCGUUCACUUUCCUCCAAGAGACGUCACCAUUCAGGUUCAGAGCUCGUCUGUUUGGGUAGGAGGAACGGCGCUGUUGGGCUGCACCUGUAAGGCUGAUCCGCCCGUAUCUGAAUAUCAGUGGACCAGCGUUCAGUCCGGGAACACCAUCAUUCUGUCCAGACGCACUCCCACCGUACGCAUCUACAACAUCAGCCGAGACACACGCCUCCGGUGCACCGCCACCAACAGACUGGGACAGGCCACGUCUCGCCUCACUGCUCUCAAUGUUCAAUACGCACCGGUGAUCCUGCGUGACUCCUCCUGCGAGUGGGACGGGUCUCUGCUGUCAUGCGUGUGUGUGGUGGACUCAAACCCUCGUCCGGCCGUCACCUGGAGUGUGAACAGCAGUCACCUGCCCGACAGCUACAACCUUUCUUAUUCAUAUUCCAACUUCAUAUUGACCUCGACUCUCAGAGGGAUGUCUGACCCCGGGCUGCCCGUGGAAUGUUACGUCAUCAACUCUCUGGGCAACGACUCCCGGCUCCUGUUUGAGUCUCCGAACGGUGGUGUGUUAUGGACUCUGAUAGCGUCAGCAGCAUGUGUUGUUGUGUUUCUUCUCCUGUGUCUUCUGAUGUUCUUCUGCUGUUUCAGGACAAACAGACUGACAUACAGACCUCCUGCCAUCCAUCCGGAGAAUCUGGCGAUCUAUCGGGAGCGCACGCCGCUCUACGUCAACUGCAGUGACGUCACCAACAUCUACACCAACGGCAGUUAUCAGCUCAUCUAUCAGAACGACACGCCCAUCUUCAUACGGACUAAACAGACACAUAAGAGACGAAGACGAGCAGCGAGACGACAGCGAGCACAGAAAGAGAUUGUGAUGACGGCAGAUUCAGACACGGCCGUCUAUGUGGAGGUCAUCUGACUUCACAUGAACAAAUGCACACGUGACAGAAUUAAACCUCUGAACACGUUUCAUUCUUACCAUGAUGUCGGUGUUAUUUCUGUCUAUCAAUGUCUCUAUAAAGAGUCAAAUGUGAGGACAACUCUUCUUAAAAUGAUCAGAUUAUAUAUCGCUGGACAUGUGCACAUUUUACUACAGUAUUCUCCAUCAUGUAUCCUGUACAACUAACACAAACCUUAAGGUAGGACUUUGGAAGGGGAGGGAGUUAAGGUAUAAAAAUAUCUAAAUUAAAGGUACAAAAUUAGGGAUGCGCAAUAAAUUAUCCACCAUAUCGGUCAAGGUGAUAAUAAAAUUUUGUCCGUUAUCUUAUGGCAGACAUAUAAAAUAGGCCAAUAUAUUGGUUAUUGACUUCCAAUGUUAAAGAAUUAUCGGUUAUCAGACAAAAGUUACAUAUCAGUGCAUCUCUAAUUUUUAUAUUUGACUUAUAAUUAUAUUUGACUGACAAAAUGUUUACCGCACACAUAUCGUUAGACAUACUGAGUGUGUCAAAAACCCACAAUUUACCCAUUCUUCCUGCUGAUGCUUCACAGCUGUCUCCUUAAAGUCUGGCUUUUACGGUUCGGUACCUUAUAAAAACGUAGUUAUGGGUUUUAAUCUUGUUUACUGUACACCCUGUCAUAUGGCAGUUUUAAACAUUGUUCUUUUUUUCGUUACAAGUCAGAAAUGACAAGGAGGCAGUUUCCCACAGUAGAAAGUUCCCUCCGGUGUGGGCGUGGCUUAAAUGCGCUCUCUAUCUAUGUAUUUAGAGAAUAGCAGGGGUCCUAAAACUGAUCCUUGAGGUAAGCCAUAGUUAACUGGCAUUUGAUUUGAUGAUUCCCCACUUAAAUGAACAAACUGAUAUCGCCAGAUAAAUAUGAUUCUGAACCAUUGUAAGGCUCGUCCCGAAUAAUUUCUCUAAGCGAUCUAGAAGUAUGUCAUGAUCUAAGGUAUCGAAUGCAGCACUUAGGUCAGGUAAACCUACUAGUGAAAAGCAGCCUUGUUCUGAUGCUGGUACAUCAUUUGUCAUUUUAACAAGUGCGGUCUCCAUGCUAUGAUGUGCACCGAGCGAUGCGUUCUUCAAUUCUGAUAUGCAUUUUACACGACUCUAUGUGGUGAUCGGAGACAUCUUUGUUCUACAUUGCUCGAUUCCAUGUGAUAUAACUAGGUCUAGUGUAUGAUUAAAGCAUGGUGGGUUUGUUUAUGUUUUGCUUGACACCAAAUGAGUUCACUAAAUCUAUGAAUGCAACUCCAGAAGCAUCAUUUGCGUCAUCUCCAUGAAUGUUGAAAUCUCCAGCAAUUAGUGCUUUGUCAGCACGGACCAACAGGUCUGACAUAAAGUCUGUAAACUCUUUUAGAAAAUCAGUGUCAGGGCCUGCGGGUCUAUACACAGUGGCCAAAACGAGAUAUAGUUCUUGUUUUUGUCUUAUAUCUGGAAGAGGUACUUUAAGACCAGCAUGUGUCGGAUCUAAACUAACAGAAACAUUUGUGAUACUUCUGUUAUGGUUAUCCAGAAGGAUGUGUAAGAUCUCAGUAGUAUUUCUUAUGCUUAUAUCAUCAUUGUUGUUAUCCAUGAAUUAUCUGUGUUACAAGAAAGGCAGAAGGGAAGUAUUGUAUUAUUUUUUCAUUUAGAUGCCCAAUUACAUUUAUAGAAAAAUACGUUGGAGGCAUUCUAUUGUUGUCAUUUUGUUAUUGACACUAGAUGGCGUUCAAGUGUUUGUCAUGUAUUUAAGUCACGUGAUGAUGAAGGUCAACUCUAUCGGCGCGUGCAGUGUCAAGACCGUCUUGUGCCCAUAAUAUUCUGGGUUUUGUUUUAUUUUGUUGCCUGCUAUGCAAUGUGGACAAUACAUGGACUGCCAUAUCCAACUUAUGUUUUCAAUAUAUGAAUAUAAUAUAUUAUAUUCAAUAUAAUAUAUUUUCUGAAGAAAAUAGAAAAAAACAUUUAAAUUGAAAAUAAGUUGGAUAUGUCAGUCCAUUUUUUGUCCACGUGGCAGUGCAGGCAACAAAUAAAAACAAAGCCCAGUUUCAGUUUGUUAUUUUGCCCAAUAAAAAAUGACAAUAGUCUUUUUAAAUAUCAAACCAGUUUUGGACAGAUUCGUAAACCAUGACAGGAUUUUGAUUCAUGUUAACAUUUUCCCACACAAAAGCAGUUAUUUGAAUCAAAGAGUAUAAUAGAUAUAGAGUUAUACUCCUCAUCUGUGUCCGUGCCGUAAUCACAGUUAUAAGCGCGCACCCUGACUCGAGCGCGGGCACAGAGAAGGAAAUUUGAUUUGAACGAUAAGACUGCUGCUUUAAAUGAUACGACUAUCGGAGCAAUUAACAUUAAAACUGUCAGAAAAACAAUCAAAUGGAUUAAUGUUUAAUAAAUAUAAUAAUAACUGCAGCAACACAUCCCAGCAUCGCAAACUCUUAUUUGACCGCAGCAAGUGUAAAAUGCAGGGACUUCCGGCGAAACUCCGCUCUCAUUGGACAGCGCUCGGACGAGACAGGAAGUGAAAAGUUCUCGAAACGUUAUUAGAAAACUACAGCAGGGUCAUUUUAUCCCAAUGGGUGUGAUAUUUUGAGUAAAAAAUAGGCAUGUAAAUUCUCAAAUCAUGUAUUUAUUGUUAGUUUAUGAAACGUCUGUUUAUAUUUUACGCCCUGAUGAUAAGAGUCCAGACACAUAUUCAGUUACUAUACAUCUAAAUAAAUUUGAUUUUAUGUCUGUAUGCAUCACUAAUGGGAAUAAAACAUUAAUUAAUAAAUAAAUACAAAUUU